CCUUCAGGCUCUAGUCCUUCUCAGUCUUCUGGUCCAAUCCAUCAAAUGGAUCGACAGCCUGGGAAAAAAAUGGCAGUUGAAGUCCAAAAUCAGGACUACUCUCACUUUGUAUCGCUUCCAUUAGCCAUAUAUCCUGAACUGGUCAAUAAACUCAUCAACUUUCAGAACUCAGUUCUUGGAAUUACUGAAGUGUCUAAGUCUCCUACCUCAGAAUCAAAGGCUUCAGAACUAUUAGAGUUGGGAAUUGAGAAGUCCAUCUUUAUUAAUCCAAAAACAUUCCACUUGACUGUGCUCAUGCUGAAGCUUUGGAAUAAGGACCGUUUUGAAGCAGCUGCUCAGGUUUUGCGGAGUGUCUCACCAAAAGUACUUGAUGCUUUGGAGAGCCGACCUGUAUCUAUAAGACUGAAGGGCUUGGAGUGCAUGAGAGGUUCUCCGGCAAAAGCUUAUGUUGUAUAUGCUCCUGUGGAAGUAAUUGGUGGUGAAGCCCGACUUUUACGUGCUUGUCAGGUCAUCAUUGAUGCAUUUACUGAAGCUGGCCUUGUUCUUGAAAAAGAUGCAAACCGGAAGUUAAAGUUACAUGCAACUAUAAUGAAUGUGCGACACAGCAGAAGCAAAAAUAGAUCAGGAUAUGCUGAUCCCUUUGAUGCACGAGCAAUUUUUGAUCAGUAUGGCUCGGAAGAAUGGGGAGAGUGUCUUUUACGUGAAGCUCAUCUUUCACAAAGGUUUGUGUAUGGUGACAAUGGCUAUUACCAUUGCUGUGAAUCCAUCCCAUUUCCUGAAGGGAUGUAGCCAUGUAGGGUGUGUUUGGUAUGAAGAAAAAUAUCUUCAAGAAAAUAUUUCCUAUGGGAAAAUGAGUGAGUUUCUCUCAUAUUUUCUAGUGUUUGGUAAGUAAACAUUGUGAAUAUGUCAUGUAUAGUAGUUGGUGAAGACAUUUUAUAUAAUUUCUCGUUAAUCUGUACAUAUUUGGACCUAUUUUAGUAACAAUUUUAUUUGUUGCUGAAAUUUUAUUGUAUUGUAAAAUUUGUUGGUAUGUAAUAACGAGAAGACCCAUUUUUAUGUAACGACUCAUUUGGUGUGA